CCUUCCCGGUCCUUCCUUGGGGCCGUCCACCGAAGUGCCUGACGCUACUGACAGGACAACAGGCGGCGAUGUUUCCUCGGUUUGUGUUGUCCGCCUACGGGGGCAACGUAUUACGUCCCGACGUUCAGGAGGAUCCUAACGGGGACAGACACUGUCCUUCCUCAAGCACCGAAGCGGGGUUUCUGGCACCGGCGCCGCCACUAGACGCCUCGGGGCGGAGCCCAGACUGGCCGUGGGGGGUCCUCGCGAGCGGCGCGCUCCCUAAAGUGGGACGCGAGCGCGAGAGCGAGCCCCGCCGCUUUUGUUGAGGAGAAAGUCGGAAUCGGGUGUCUCUUCAAGCUGAGGGGCCACCCACCACCACCCCAUCUUGGUGGUUCCUCCAGGAGUCAACAGCCCCCUCAUCCUUGAGCAGUUGUGACCAUGGCCGAGAGCAUGAUGGGGCAGGCGCACCACUACUACACACACACUGGGUUCCUGGCCAUUGCACAGCACUUUAAGCAGAAGCCCAACGAGCACAUGAUCUCCUGGAUCCUGUGGGUGUAUGACCAAGGCGGCUUGGCCCUGGCCCUGAAUUCCCAGGCGCUGGCACUGCUGGGUGACCUGACCAGCAACACCAUCUUCAACUGCCUCUAUAAGGGUCUGCGGGGCAGCCGCAAGGCGCUACUCACCUGGCCACUGCAGGCCUGGCUCCAGCGCUGGCAAUCCUUCCUGCACUUCGAGGUCACCGAGAUGCCCUUCGGGUCCUGGACCACCAUGGAGCAGUGCGUCCAGCUGGCGCGCCAGCUGAGCAUGCUGGAGUGGAUCUACCGUGAGCCUGCAUCUGAGCAGGCACCAUGGCCUACACCUGAGGACAUGCCCUUCACACAGGGCCUGUGUGGGCACCUGCUGGCACUGGCCAGGUCCUCCAAGAUGCAGCUGCCGCUGGUCGGCCUGCCAUUCAAGGGCAUGACAGUGCUGGAGGUGAUGAUGGAGGUCCAGGAGAGACCAGCUCAGGGACCACCUGAGCUGGCUCCUGAGCCAUGACGUGUCCCAAGGAGAGGGUGGACAAGCAGUCCACCAAGGUCCUCCUGGACCUGUAUGUCAAGGAAGCCACACGUAGCCGCAGCCUCCCAGCCUACAUGCUGGAGGAAGAGCAGCCCCCGCCUCCCUGCUACUCCAUCAGGGCCUGUGGGUAGGAGAGCCCAUGGCUCCUUACCUGCCUCUGGGCCCUAUCUAGGAGCCCUAGUUUCCAGGGCAGGGAGAUGCAGACUCCCCUGAGGGACCGCCCACCUUUUUGUUUUUAAAAUGUAAGAGUUGAGUAUUUCUUAAUAUAUAUAUUGAUGGAGGUAGA